AUGGCAUUCUCGAUAUAUAAAAAUAAGACGAAUCCCUGUUAUUGGCUUGACUGGUGUUAUCCAUUUUACACACUUCCAACUCCAGCUCCUCCUGCUCCAGCAAUUCCUACUGCUUGUCCAGGUGGUGCAGGUAUUGGCCCAUGCGUGAACAAUCAGUGUCCUGAUAGAUAUGCCUGCUUCAAUAACAACUGUUGUCCUGUAAACAAUGACUAUGGGCCCUGUGUAAAUGGCCAAUGUCCAAUGGGCAUUUGCAACAACGGUCGAUGUGUUGGAUGA